AAAAAAAUAGCUGUUAAGGUCGGUCACCCCAUCUCUCCCUCUCUCUCUCUCCUCUCUCUCUUUCUUUCCUUCACUAUCUUUCUCUCCUCCCUCUUUCAGUUUCUCUCUUUAAUCUCUCUUCUACUCUCUCUGACCCUUGCCCUUCUGAAACGCGUUUCUGGUGUGUUCUUGAUGACCUAACAUUAUUCUCUUUCUAUCGGACUUCUGGAGCUUUCUCUCUCCAGAAGCAGUCCCCCUUUCUCUCUCUAAAAAUCUGCACUUUCCCCUUUAAUUCCACACCUCGAGAAUUAAAGGGGUCUGAGAAUUUAUCCCCAAUUUCAAAACCCAUAACUUAAAAUUUUCUGAAAUUCCUUAAUUUUUCCUAGUUUAUAUUUGUCUAGGGUUAGGGUUUUCUUUUGGUUUUCAAAUAAUAUUUAGGGGAAAUAAUUCUAGUAAUGAAGAGAGGAGGUGGGAAACUUGAAACAUACAUGGGAGUAACACGAGCUCGAUCGGUUCAAAUUCUGGCAUUACUGGGUAUUAUGUACAUGAUCUUCAUGACUUUUGAGGUACCCUUUGUUUUCAAGAGCGUUUCGAAGGAUACUUCAGGCGUUUCGUUCCAAAACGACGCGUUUGUGAGACCUCAGCAACUUGAUAGUGAGGAAGAAUUGCAGGAGAAAGAAGCUCCGAUCCGACCGUUGAAAGAACCGUUAAGGGUAUCCUCAGUUUCUCCGAGACCUCAACGUCAAAUGAGGGAAUAUAAAACACUUUCAGGGUUGAUUUUUGAUUGGAGAGUUUUGAAUAGUAGUGAAAAAGAUGGGUUUUCAGGGUUGCAUAAAUCUGCAAUAACUGCAUUUCAGUUGGGGGAGAAGCUAUGGGAGGAUCUCAAGUCAGGGAAGGUCAAGCUCGAAGUCGAGAAGGCGGCACAGAAUCGGACCGAGUUGUCGUGCCCCAACUCCGUUUCGCUAUCCGGAGCUCAAUUUGUUCACAAGGGGAAGGUGAUGGUUUUGCCCUGUGGGUUGACAUUGGGCUCUCACAUUACUUUGGUUGGUAAACCAAGAAUAGCUCAUGUUGAAUAUGAUCCCAAAAUAUCAUUGUUGAAAGAUGGGGAUAAAAGUUUGAUGGUUUCACAGUUUAUGUUGGAAUUGAUUGGAUUGAAGACUGUUGAUGGUGAAGAUCCACCAAGGGUUUUGCAUUAUAAUCCCAGGUUGAAGGGUGAUUGGAGUGGAAAGCCUGUCAUUGAGCAGAACACUUGUUAUAGGCAGCAAUGGGGAACUUCCGUUCGUUGCGAAGGCUGGAAGUCUAGGUUUGAUGAGGAAACUGUUGAUGGGCUGAUUAAGUGUGAGAAAUGGAUUCGCGAUGAUGAUAGUAAUAAUGAAGAAUCUAGGGCGACGUGGUGGUUGAGUCGGCUGUUAAGCAGGCCGAAGAAGGUCACUGUGGAUUGGCCUUUUCCGUUUGCUGAGGAUAAGCUAUUUGUUAUGACCGUCAGUGCUGGCUUGGAAGGUUAUCACGUCAAUGUUGAUGGGAGGCAUAUCACAUCCUUUCCUUACCGAACAGGAUUUUCACUUGAAGAUGCUACGGGACUGACAUUGAAAGGAGACAUUGAUGUCCAUUCAGUAUUUGCUGCUUCCUUGCCAUCAUCACAUCCUAGUUACGAUCCUCAGAGGCACCUUGAUAUGUCUGGCAGAUGGCAAGCUCCACCACUUCCUAACAGCCCUGUGGAGCUCUUCAUUGGCAUUCUUUCAGCAGGCAACCAUUUUGCCGAGAGAAUGGCUGUAAGGAAGUCUUGGAUGCAGCAUAGGAUAAUAAAAUCUUCUAAAGUGGUGGCUCGCUUUUUUGUGGCAUUGCAUGCAAGGAAGGAGGUGAAUGUAGAGUUGAAGAAAGAGGCUGAUUUUUUUGGUGACAUUGUCAUAGUCCCUUACAUGGAUAGUUAUGAUCUGGUGGUUGUGAAAACUGUGGCUAUUUGUGAAUACGGGAUUCGCACUGUCGAUGCAAAGUACAUCAUGAAAUGUGAUGAUGAUACCUUUGUUCGGGUUGAUGCGGUCAUUAAGGAAGCAAACAAGAUUCCCGAUGGUGGUAGCUUGUAUGUGGGUAACAUCAACUACUACCACAAGCCUCUGCGAAGUGGUAAAUGGGCUGUCACAUAUGAGGAGUGGCCAGAGGAGGAUUAUCCACCUUAUGCAAAUGGACCAGGUUACAUAUUGUCAUCCGAUGUCGCACAUUUCAUCGUCUCCGAGUUUGAAAAGCACAAACUAAGGUUAUUCAAGAUGGAAGAUGUGAGUAUGGGAAUGUGGGUGGAGAAUUUCAACAGCACUCGACCAGUCGAAUAUGUUCACAGUUUAAAGUUCUGCCAGUUUGGUUGUAUAGAAGAUUAUUACACUGCUCAUUAUCAGUCCCCAAAACAGAUGAUCUGUCUGUGGAACAAGUUACAACAGCUAGGUCGCCCGGUUUGCUGUAACAUGAGAUGAUAGUUUGUGAACUUUCAGGGAAACACAGCCAGUUUCCCAUUUCGCGAAUCUGAUUAGAGAUAGCAAUUUUUGAGGCCACAGUUUCUUUUUUGUAAAUUCUGCAAAAGGUCCUUUGUAGGUUGUUCUCUAGGGGACCAAUAUAGGUGCCAAUUUCAUAUUCAUUCAUUAUUUUCCCUCUUCUUCACCCUCUUUCUCUUGCCAUUAUUGAUGUUUUCGUGACCCGCACGAGCCUCCGAAUGAUGAAGAUGCGAAAUAUGCACCCUAGUGAACAUCCUUUACAGACCAGCUGGGAGGGUAUUGUAAUCUAAUGUAGAGAAGCAGUACUUGGAACUGGAUCCUCAAUUUCCACUUACUAGCGGAUCAGGUGUAUAUUUAUUGAUUGGAUAUGGAACCAUCCUACUAAACAGAAAAUUCUCUCAGAUAAUCUAAAAUUGGAUAUCCUAUAUUUGCUUA